AUGUGCAAUACGACGUACAUAAAAUUACAAAAUUGUAUUAGUUUGGUUGUACAAAAAACUGCAUGUAGUGAAAUGCAAAAGGCUGGAGACGAAGAACGACGGAUGGCAUUAGAAAAUGAUGAGGUUGACGUGGACGGUAUACCUAUGUGUACAGUUAUCGCUGAUGGCCAAUGGUCGAAACGUAGCUAUAAGUCCAAGUACAAUGCUUUAUCAGGAACGGCCACUAUUAUUGGGAAAAGAACCUGGAAAGUUUUAUUUGUAAGAAUAAGAAAUAGGUACUGUGUUGUUUGUCAAAGAGCAUCGAAUCGAAAUGAGAAAGCAUCCGAACACGAAUGUUUUUUAAAUUGGAGUGAGGCCCUAUUAAUAGUAGGGCCCUAUUAA